GCCAGCUCCGCGCUCGCCAGACACCUGCGACUGCGAAGGCCGAAGACACCUCCUUCGUAGCGUCGCCUCGAAGCAAGGGCACCCUGCGCCCGGACCACAUGGACGACGUUCAGCAGCCAGUGCCGUUGGCUCGUUCGGACUCCUCGUCCAGGACGUCCCAGCAACCGGAGCGGCACCCGCUGAGCGAUGAGCAGAUCAGCGAGUUCCGCGAGGCUUUCACGCUGUACGAUAAGGACGGGAGCGGCUGCAUUAGGGCGUCCGACCUGGGCACCGUCAUGCGCUCCCUGGGCUAUCACCCGACUGAGGCGCAGGUCGCGGAAAUAGUGGGCUCCAACUCGCGGGAGAACAUCGACUUUCCCGAGUUCCUGACCAUCAUGGCGAAGGAGGAGAUCCGCCCGGACGACGUCGAUGACGAGAUCCGCGAGGCCUUCAAGGUGUUCGACCGCAACGGCGACGGCUACGUGAGCGCCGCCGAGCUGCGUCACGUGAUGACCACCAUGGGCGAGAAGCUGUCACACGAGGAAGUGGACGAGAUGAUACGCGAGGCGGACCAGGACGGCGACGGGCGCAUCAACUACGACGAGUUCGUGAGCAUGGUGACCUCAAAGUGAAUGGCCGGCCGACGGACUCAAUAAACCGUUCUUGUAUCGUGCCCA